AAGAAUAUAUAAACGAAAAACUUUUCGCACUUAUUUAGAUACACUUUGUACGAGUAUAUACACAUUUAGGUUUCCUACGCUUAUUUGCAUUUAUUGCACCGAGUGACGCAUACAAUUACGCCUUACCGGGAAAAAUUGAAUCGUGGAUUUUACCCCGGAAGAGCGAGCGUGACUUAUGUGUCGUAUUUAUUUUUAGCCUGUGAUUAUAGGCAUUAACUAAAGUGCAUACAUAAUUCUAUAUCUGUCAUAUAUAUAUAUCACACCGGUUGUUUUACAAGAAUAUUCGAUAAGUUCUUGAAAAAAAAGUCGGUCGCGUUGAGAGAAUUAAAUGGGGAAGCAAAGAGAUAAUUAAACCCUAUUUGAAUAAAUUAAUGGAAAAAAUAUGAAAAUAUCGCUCUGCCUCGGAAAAGAAAACUAUCUAUAUAUUAGAGUUAAAAUUAAGUAUCGAUUACUCCGAUCCGAUAUUAACGAAAGGACGAUUGGAUCUAUACUCUUCUCAUUCUUCUUCAUUCACAGCGCUGUAUAAAAAUGUUGAUACCGAGAAACGUAAUUGAAUGAUCGAGUGCUGAAGAAACUCGGUUUGAUUAGAAAUUACAGAUAUAAUUCAUCGUUAAAGACGAGAGAGGAGAGUCGCGCGUUCGCGAAACAUGAAGAAAUAAUAAUGAUCGAAAGUAAAGCGCGAGAUAAGAGAGCGCAGAAAGUCAUUAAAUUAAUGACCCCUCGCGGCUAUAAAAAAUCGAAGGUACUCGAAAUUAAAGGUAGGGAUCACCGAGAGAGAGAGAGAGAGAGAGAGGGCGAGAUGAAAAGAGAAAGAGAGACAACUCGGGAAGGGAUAUACACGUAGCGUAAAAGUAAGAGAACCCACACCGAGCUCGCGCUUUACUCGCUUACGAUAUACGAUCGAGGGACACUUCUCUUUAUUCUCGUUCUAUCAGUGUGCACAGCUUGGUUAAAAAGUCAUCUCCUCCUUCAGUCGUCGUUCGCAGAUGCGACCGAUGCUGCAUCAUCGAGCCGCAUCCGCGAACCGCAAACUUGAAUCCAAGUGCGCGUUUCUUAUUCUCUCUUCCUUUUUCGUCUCCCUUUUUCCUCUCUUUAAUUGCUCAAUUUUUUCGAUUAAUUGCCGAGCGAUUGCGACAUUUCGGAACGGCUCUUCGUGUACGCGAAGUGAAAGUAGGAACGGGCCCCGGAUGGAUCUUUAAUGCAUUCUGGAUCGGUUUGUCCCUCGCGAGUUACGGCAUGUAAAAGUGUGCGGUGUUAAUGCCAGAUCAAUUUUGCGACUGAUCAUGCCGCUGCAUCGACGUCAUUGAUCGAACAAGAGACAGAUUUGCCAAGCAAUUUGAAGGCGAUCAAUCACGCGUCUAGGAAGCGGAACCGAUUCGACAUGAUUGCGACCAGGGGUGUGUCUUUACUCCGGACAAUCCCCUUGUCCUUGGAACUCAUGCCAAAGUCAUCAAUGACUCUAUCAUGAUCUCCGCGACGAGGAAACGAAUCUGUCCUACGCCGGAUCGGAGUUAACAAUUAACGACGCAGCCUUUCGAAAGAUUUGUCGUCGAAGGACGAAGUCUUGGAGGAGUCUGGAGAUUAUCUGGAGCUCGCAACAUUUCGAAAUGGCAUUGGUGAAUUUUAGUCUGCCCUAUCAGUCGGCGACGAUGGCGCCGUUUCUGUACACAGGAGGACACACGACAGUCAACAAUCUCGGCUUGAACACCGUUUUACCUUCAGGAUCUGUACCGAGUUACAACGAGCCCUACUCACCACCGCUCAAAUAUCAUCAGCAUCGACGUCAACCUGUUCAGCAAAGAAGUCCGGAGAUCUAUGCGGAACACGUUUCUUUCUCGUCGACGCAGGAUACUCGUUACACGGGAUAUAAUCAGGACUUUAGAAGAACGCAACCCAGGUUGCAGCAGCAACAGAUGAGACCGCCUCCUUCUUCUUCAUCAUUUCAGCAACAGCAGCAGCAACAACAACAUUCUCCAUCGCACGAACCGAUUAAGUCCAGAAUAGAGGAACAGGAGAAUUAUCCAGAAAGACUUCACAGUUACACGAGGGUGAACGGCGGAAGUUCCGUCGGUCCGGAUGCCAAAACUUCGGUCCAUGCAGUGUUGGACUACGACGAUGAUUUCGAUGAUUAUUACGACGACGAAGAUCAGAACAUCCCAACGAACGCGCAUGUCACACCUAUCCAAGGUCCGAUCUUUCUGAAAAAUGGUUCCGUUCCUGUGGUACCACUCUAUUCGUAUCCUCAGCUAAAUAAUGGGACAUUCGUACAGAUACCGAUACUCUGGACUGCACUUUCGGUAGCGUUAGGUGUUGAAUUGAGGGGAGAUUUGGUACGAGGUGUACCAUGCAUCAAAAGAUAUCAUCAGCUGUUUUGUCCAACCGCCGGAAACACAUAUCCAAUAGAACGGAUAGAGCGUUUUAUUGAUGAAAAUAAAGCGCUGAUGAAAAGGAUGUACGGCGACUUCGAGAUGAAGCCAGGAUACGGAUCGAACGAACCUGGGCAUCGCACUAGAACACGAAGAAAAAGUAGAGACACACGGAGACACGAUAUUCCGGAUGGUGGACCUAAUGAUGAGUUACAUGCAGAGGGUGAAAUCGACGAAGAGUAUUUCAACAGAAAUAGAAAUACCAGACAAUCCUUCGGGAAAAAUCGCAACACAGAGAGUGGCAGAGUUGAUGCGUGCGAAUCAAAGGUUGAGAUCGUGACGCCCUAUUGGGCAAGUAACAGCGCCGGAAAAAUUCGCGCUAUUGUAAAUACUCAACAUUUCGAGCAGGCUAUACAUCAGGAAGUAUGCUCAAAAACGCAAACAAAUCGAUGCAGCGGAGACUGCGGAUGCGAGCAGAAGUACAAAUGGCAUAGGUUGCUCGCCUACGAUCCAGACAACGAUUGUAAAGGUAUAUUUAUGGAUUGGUUCCUCUUUCCCUCGUGUUGUGUUUGUAGAUGUGAUCCAGUCAGCAACAAUAAAUUCUCUUCGUCACGUGGGCGAAAUUGACAUGUGUCGCAUGCACUAGCGGAUCCUGAUAUUGAUAAUGGGAGGGGUUUCUGCAAAAUUAUUUAAUUAAUAUUUUUUGUUCCAUGUUUAGCUAUUAUUCUAGGAUCAACGAUGAAUUUUUUAAAUUUGGGGUUUUAAUCCCAAACCCUCCCCAGGAUCUGCUAGUGAUCGCGUGAAAGAAUACGUGCCAUGCAAACUGCAACGGUUCAUUCUCAGUGCAUUAUUCAGACAAUUACCUAGUGAUUUGUGAUAGAAAUUGUGCAACAGAUAGGUGCGACUUAUCGUUUUAAUUUGAAAAAUUGCUAAAAGAUUUUUAUAGCAUUCAAAAAUUUACAAGAAAUAUAUCUACAUCUUUUUGUUGAUAAUUCUAAUUAAUUUGAUUGAUGAAUUAAUUUUGAAUUUAAUCUAUUCUCUCUUUCUUUUUCUCUGACAUUUAUAUAACUUAAUUGUUCAGCUAUAUUUUUUCACACAAUUGCGAGUUUUCCUUCUAUGCUUUAUCGUAGCCCAUUAAAACAAUAUAAUUGCUAUUAUUUUCCGGAUUGAUAAAAUUGUUACUAUAUUGAAAAACGUUGUUGCAUAACUAUAAUGAUACAAUGUUUUUUUUAAUGACAAAUGCAAAACAAAAUAAAGAAAAACUAUCGUAUUUUUAUGUAUUAAUUAUCAUACUUACGUAUGAUUGAGUCAGCUUGGUUGAAAAAAUCUAGCCCCAAUCUCAGCCAACAAUUUAUAUAUCAAACUGAGAAAGCGCAAUAAAUACAAACGCGACAAAAAUCAUUUAUUUAAAACAUUUCGAUAUAUAUAAUAUUAUUAAAUUGCAAAUUAAUACUAUUAUCUAGUAACAAUAAAUUGAUUUCUUUAUGUGAA